AUUCUUCGGCCAGUUCCGAAUUCGUGUUGUAGAGUGAAACAUCAAGCGAGUCGGCUGACGACGGCGGUAAAUCAGCAGUGGUCACUUCCUUUCUUCGAGGGGGUUUGUACUUUUUUUCUGGGUGAGGGGUUAGAAGAAAGGAAAAACCCCAGUGUCUCCAGUGUGUGAAUCAUAUCUAGAUCGGAGCGCGUGUUGGCAAAAAAACAGGAAACGUUGCGGCGGCGGAGGUCGAACGGAAGGAGAGCACACAGAUAGAAGGAUUAGUCCAUUGGCACCAGGCAGGAAACUAUUGAAGCAGUUACCAAGGUGUCCGGUGGGUGACCCGGCGCUGAAAGUGUAUCCGAUUGCAGUGGGUGAUUAGAAAAAUACAAUCCCAGAAGCAUUUAGAACCUUCGUCCAGCAUAGCCGGAGCGAAGAAAACUUUCCGCCCAAGGAUACAAGGAUUGAAAACGUAUCGAGAUAAAAUCGAUUUGUAAUGUGAUUACUUGUUUCCGUUCUUUCGUCUCUGCAGUGUGAUAGUUGUGUGCAUUUGUUGAAUCGAUUCGAUUGUGGAAUUUGUUUUAUUUUUCUAAUUAAUUUUACUACUACAGUGGGGUUUUUUUUCUCCGUCGCAGACUGGAUGUCCUGAAGUUAUACGUAAGUGAAGUGGCGAAAAUCUGUACCGAAAAGGGAAAAACAAAGUGGUAAGAAAAUCGAUUUCACGGAUCAAAGAAUCCGAAUAAAAAGUGGUUACAGCACAGUUGUGUAGUGACAUAAAGUGUCUAGAUUCAAAGUGGAGUGUGUUUUUUUAAAUUAAAUGAAAAUGUUAGCACGGUGGUCCGCAGCGCUGGCGAUAUUCGUCGUGUCAUGGAGUACAUCACAUCAAGUUCAGGCUGCCUCACCUCGAUGGGAACCUCAGAUAUCGGUGCUGUGCGAAGCCGGACAGACAUAUCACCCGCAAUAUCUCUCCGAGGAGGGCAGAUGGGCGACAGAUCUGAGCAUCAAAGUCCCCGGUUCGGCAUGCCUACGGGAUAAAAUGGACCUGCUGGAUUACUGUAAAAAGGUGUAUCCAGGACGAGAUAUCACGAACAUCGUUGAGUCGUCCCACUAUCAGAAAAUCGGUGGCUGGUGCCGACAGGGUGCACUAAACGCAGCCAAGUGCAAAGGCGCUCAGCGAUGGAUCAAGCCAUUUAGAUGUUUGGGUCCGUUCCAGUCGGAUGCGCUCCUGGUGCCCGAGGGUUGUCUGUUCGACCACAUCCACAACGCGUCCAGGUGCUGGCCAUUCGUCAGGUGGAAUCAGACCGGUGCCGCAGCCUGCCAGGAUCGCAACAUGCAAAUGCGUAGCUUCGCCAUGCUGCUUCCGUGUGGAAUCUCGCUCUUCUCCGGCGUCGAGUUCGUCUGCUGCCCGAAGCAUUUCAAAGUGCCGAUGAAAGUGAAAAAGACCGAUCUUCCGGUGCUGCCCCAAGACCCCGAAGUACUGCCGGCGCUAGACGAUACCGAAACCGACAAUUCCGAAGAUGACGACGAUGAAGAUGACAUCGAUGAUGACGAGGAUGAAGACAUGAUGGGUGACGAACCCAUCGAGAACGAUGACGAUGAAUAUGAUUCCGAGGAGGACUUCGAUGCCGAUAAAGAGCCAGACACUGGAUCAGCGGUGUGGGACUCAUUCAGUACUCCGCUGUCUCUAAUGGGCAAAGACAGGAAGGAUAGCUACACCACCACCCCGUCCAGUACUACUGAAAAAUCGACAGAACUACCAACCACUCCAAUUACCGCCAUCCCGACACCCGAUCCAUACUUUACGCACUUUGACCCACGCUAUGAGCACCAAAGCUUCAAGAGUUUGCACACUGAAUUCCAGGAAGCUCAACAGCGACUCGAAGAAAGCCAUCGCGAGAAAGUCACUCGAGUGAUGAAGGACUGGUCCGAUUUGGAGGAAAAAUACCAGGACAUGCGUCUCGCUGAUCCGAAAUCCGCUCAAACGUUCAAACAGCGUAUGACGGCUCGGUUCCAGACUUCUGUGCAGGCACUUGAAGAGGAGGGUAACUCUGAGAAACACCAACUGGCAGCGAUGCAUCAGCAGCGCGUGUUAGCCCACAUCAACCAACGUAAGCGCGAAGCAAUGACUUGUUACACCCAGGCACUAACCGAACAGCCACCAAAUUCUCACCGUGUUGAAAAAUGUCUGCAAAAGCUGCUCCGAGCGUUGCACAAGGAUCGUGCCCACGCGCUUUCUCACUAUCGUCAUCUGCUAGGAUCAGGAGGUACAGGAGGACUGGAGGCAGCUGCCUCCGAAAGACCACGCACCCUUGAGCGACUGGUUGACAUUGAUCGUGCUGUUAAUCAAUCUAUGGCCAUGCUUAAACGCUACCCAGAACUCUCGACAAAACUGUCUCAGUUGAUGGAUGAUUACAUUCAGGCUCUUCGUUCGAAGGAUGAGACACCUGGAUCAAUGCUCGCUAUGACGGAGGAUGCCGAAGCAACCAUCCUGGACAAAUACCGCAUGGAAAUUGAACGCAAGGUUAGCGAGAAAGAACGACAACGUCUAGCUGAGAAACAACGUAAGGAACAACGUGCCCAAGAGCGAGAGAAAAUUCGCGAAGAAAAACUACGCUUGGAAGCUAAAAAAAUGGAAGCUGCAUACAAACAGCAACAACUUCAACAGCAACAGCAACAACAACAGCAGCAACAACAACAACAACAGCAACAACAACAGCAGCAGCAACAACAAGUGCAACAACAACAGGAACAAGUCUUGCAGCAACAGCAGCAACAACAACAGCAGACGCAGACACAACUACCAGUAUCAGAACAACCGUUAACUCAAAAGCAACCUGAACUGGAAACUCAAAGAGAUCUCGAAACAACGCGUGAUUACACUGAGGAAGUUACAAUUACAAACAGCCCACAACCCACAGCCUUGCCUACCGUCGACGAUGAAGCUGUGCAGCGUGCUGUUGAGGAGGUAGCCGCUGCUGUUGCCCAUCAGGAAGCAGAACCGAAAAUGCAACAUGUGCUCGCUCAUGACAUAGGACAUGGUGAACCUAGCUACUCGGUUCGACGGGAGAUCUACGGUUCCAGCGGACACGAAGGUAAGAACGUUUACUUCACUUUGGCCUUCGCAGGCAUCGCCCUGAUGGCCGCCGUGUUUGUUGGAGUUGCCGUAGCCAAGUGGAAAGCUUCACGAUCUCCCCAUGCUCAAGGAUUUGUCGAAGUCGACCAGGCCGUCGGGCAACCAGUUACCCCGGAGGAGCGACAUGUCGCCAAUAUGCAGAUCAACGGGUACGAGAACCCAACCUACAAGUACUUCGAAGUGAAGGAAUAAUUUACGAACCGCAAAGAUGCUCCUUGUUAUAGACAGUAGAUCCUGAUGCCGUCGAUGGUCCGGCAUCGCAUUGAAUGAAAUCGUUUUCAACGAGCGCAGAUUGGUUAGCACUGUGAGCACGUUGAGUAUCUGCAUGGAAGAAAAAAAAUCUGUUCGGAAUACAAUGGAUUAUGUUAUUCUGUUUGAUCUCUGUAACUGAGAAUGCUACAAUGGAAGUAAAAUUAUAUCCCGCAAAAGCAAAGUAAAAGACAUUCCCUAAUGUUAGUUUUGACAUUAAUGCAACAAGUAAAAGUAAGCAAGAUCAGUAUUUUACGUUCGACAAUUUGGUCCUUUGUAAGAAGAAAAGAGCAAAACUACCGUUAAAUAGUGUGAUUGUAAUUAUAAAUUUAUGAGUAUUUAUAGGAAUAUGCUAAGGGAAAGUCGGAAAAAACUUCUUUUUAGAACACCGCCGUUACCGAAAAAUAUAACCGCAUCACCGUUUUGGGAGAUCUUUUCAGCUACCAAACACUUACAUAAUACGCAAUACAUACGCAGUGAUGCCAGUGUAAUUUUUUGUUUUGUUCAGGCACAUCCCGUACACCGUAGUAGCAAACGAACGAGGAAUAGGGAAGCAGUAGGCUUCGCAGUUCCUGAACGCGCCCGAAUGAUUUCCCUCGAAUCUGCCAUAUUGCUCACCAUAGUUUCCAAAAAGUAACGUUUUCAAUGAAUUUGAAUAAGCAUUAAUUUUACAACUACUUCUAGUUCGACAAUUUGUCAUGAACUUUUCGAAUACAUAUUUUGGUUGUAAAGUGAGAAGCUUCAAUACAUUCACAGCAAAUGACAACUAUUGAACUACUGAACCACUAAAUUCAAAACAUUAUUAUGGCACGAUACGCUCUAAGUGAUGCUGAAAUCGUUUGAAUUCUGAAGACAGUGAAGUCUGCUGCAACCCUAAAAGGGACACCUGACCGUGUGAAGCCUCAACUACGCAGGGGCCCCCUCUCCAUCUCUCAACUCAUAGUUAGAUAGCUAAGUAGCUAAUUAGUUAUUAUUAUAAAGAAAGCAUGACAAAAAGAACAAAAAACAAUAACUGUAAGUAAUAUAGCUUUUUUGAUCAGUAACCGAAAAAAGGUAAUAGAAAAAAACUAUCAAAAACAUAUAUUUUUUGUAACAAGCCUGCUAUACGCUUUGAAAUUUCAUAUUUAUAUAAUCUUAACAAUAAUAAAAGGUAAACUAUAUAUUUACAACAACAGUACGACACUCACUAUCACAUGCUUCAAUAAAAAAAAACAAUAAUUUCGAGGCUUUCUGAUUUAUUUUCCAACCGUCGAUACAAAAAAGUCAUACUAACUAAAAUGCAGCAAAGCAAAAGCAACCACACUCAUAACACUAUAGAUGUCGUCCUCGAUGUGUAGACACCAGGUGUGCAAAAUUCAAACAUCGUAGCUCAUGAGAUGUGUGCGUGUACCAAUUAAAGAGCUUCUUCCGAACAACCUGUAGCGUGCAGUAGAAAACUUUUAAAACCAAACCAUGACAAAAUCAAGACAACAUCAAUCAUCAUGCAAAAACACCGCAAAAUUGUGCAUCCUGAUAAUUCAAAUUCGUCCAUUUUUGUAGACUUUUGCGAGCGCGUAAAUAAAUGUAAGGAGAUACAAUCGAGAAUAAAAAUCAUGUUGUCCCCAGUUUUCAGCUAAUCCCGAAGCCGUCAGUCACUGUUGCCAGCUAUGCUUGUGAUGAUUUGAACGCUUGGCGCUCCAGUUAAUACACUUUCAGUGCUUUUUUUCCUUCUGGAAAAAAGCGACCGGACCCAAUUUAUUUCGUGAGAAUAUUCUCCGGGAACCGUAAUUCUCGACUUUAUUCAAUCUGAUAACAGUCACUACGAUACACUUUACUUGCUGAUUGGGAAAGACAUAUAAUCUAUGUAAAAAUGAAUUUGAUAUUACUAGAACACUAACAUUAACAAUAAUGACUUAAAGUAUUUAAAAAAAAAGCAGAAUAAAACUAGAUUAUAUAUCAUGUAAAAGUAUGUAACGAGAAUAUUUAUACAACACGUAUAAAUGUAAACAUUUACAGAAUAGUUUUACUAGGAGACUACAAAUGACAAAACAACACUGUAAAACACUUAGUUUAACUCAACACAGUUACUUUACUUGAUAUUUAUGUUAUCUUAUAAGUUGAAUAAAUACUCUACUUGAAGUUAAAGAAAAUCUAGUCUCAACUAUGAUGUUGAAUAAAAGUAAUAAACCUACAUAAGCGGGCAGGAUAAUUAUGCUAACACUAUUGAAAGCUAAAGCCGAAAAAUGGCAGGAAAAAGUUUAUCACCAAAAGCGCUUAGUUUGACACGAUUGCUAUCCACUACUACUCAAGUAAAAAGCAAGAAUUAUAUCAGCAAAAAACGUACACGCUAAAUCAAAAUGUAACCGCUCGUUUUUUCAUCAGUUCGUUUUUUCAAAACAAAAUAUUACUCGAACUAUUAUAUAUAAAACAACUUUUUUAAUACCAACAACAAACCCAGAUAAAUCACUAAAUGAUACAAGACAAACAAAUGCAGAAAACCAAUACUUAACUGUCAACAAAAUAACAACCAUUUACAUACAUUUGGGGAAAAUGACAAAACUUUUUGUGUGCGACAUUUAGAGAAAACAAAUGGAGAAAAAUUAAACAAUUUGUAUUAUUAAUGAGCUACCAGAGGAAACACAAUUAAUUGUUACUCGUAUGUGUAAUGAUUAAUUAGUAGAUGAAUACGUCCCUUUUUUCAUUAACACCGUAGAAUAGAACGUGUCCAACAUACUCAACCAGACAGAAAUAAAAAGUCCGUCAGGAAAAUACAGGACACGGCUCAGUUAACGCAAUGUUCUGCAUCCAGAAAUUCCUUUAAUCGAGGAAAACAAACCCAGUCUAUAAUCAGCACAAUAAUUUACACCCCCUCUUCUGUUAGUUACCAGUUAUUUAAGUCAUUAAUUCAAACUUAUUCUACUAACCCCACUUUUGAACUCGACGAAAGUAAGCUUCGGAAACUCGUGCUAAAUAUUGCGCUUUGUUGAUGGACUGUAGUUCAAGUGUAGCACAGAAAUCAAUCUUUUUCGAAUCUUGAUUACUCGAUGAAUGCAGAUACAUGAUACCAAACCGAGAAAUACCGAAAAUCGAACAAGCAGAAGCGAAAACCAAAAACCAACAAACAAUUCUUCUGUCUACACAAAAAAUUGUCCCCAAAUAUCUGUUUGUAGAAAGUGAAGAUAGCACCGAGAGGAAGCAAAUUGAAAGUUAAGUCGAAAACGCUCUGUAAACAAGCAAAACUAAUAAUUUGAAGGAGGAUAAUAAAGUAUGAGAUAAUAAUA